AUGGUGUUGCAGUCUAAAAAUCCAGUACUGUGCGAAGCAGACACCAGCGCAGAUACAGAAGCGAGCACGUCGGAAUUACCUACGACGCGCCAGAUCGCUCUACAGCCAGGCCAGCCCCAGUUAUUCUGCCUACCACCACCAGAGUUCGCCACAACGCAGUGGCGUGCCGCGCCGCCGGUUCACGAGGGAGGAGCGUCGAUCGAAGAGGGUGAAGCGGUUGGUCCGACAGCUAAGUCGCAGUUUCCGUGA